GCCAGCCAAGGCGACAUUUGCUUACAACAGGAUGGAGUAAUUUUGUAAGCCAAAAGAAUCUUGUUUCAGGGGAUGCUGUGCUCUUCCUGAGGGGUGAAGGUGGAGAACUGAGGUUGGGGAUUAGAAGAGCUGCUCGGCCUAGACAUGGGCUGCCUGAUUCAAUAAUUAGAAACCAGAAAUCUUAUGCCAAUGUACUUUCUCCAGUGGUUAAUGCUAUGUGUACCAAGAGUGUUUUUCAUAUUUCCUACUGCCCAAGGUACUACUACUACAACAAUCUCCUCUUGCUUCUUCGAGGAUCAUAA